AUGUCUACCUUAAAACCUUUAAAAGUUAUAUUUCUGAUUGAAAACUUUCUUUUUUUAUUCCGAAAUAUAUCAUUUACUAACAAAAGAUUAGUAUAUUUGAUGUAUUUUUCAUUAUUAUUAGAAAUUUCCAUAUGUGUUUCUAACAUUAUUGUUUGCGGAUACUUUAAUUCAAUUUUUCGCAUUACAGAAAUAUUGUUCCUAUAUUUAUGUUACGCGACUUCAUUAUUCUUAAUAAUAGUGGCUUUGUAUCAUUCAAAGUCCUUUAAAAAAUUAUUAACAAUCGUCAAUACAAACAGUACUAUCUUUUUUAAUGACGAUUUAUAUUUAAGGCAUUUUAAGAAAAAGAGUUGUUUGAUAAUCGCAGCGUUUCUAUUGUACAGCAUUACAAAAAUAAUUUUCACAUUGGUUACUACAAAAUAUGGCGAAUUCCUUAAAUAUGGUGUUAGCAGAUAUUUUGUGUAUAUGUUUGUAGUAAAUGUUGUAACUAGUGACCUUCGUUAUUUUUUCGAAUAUUUGGUACUAUACUUAAUAAUAUAUAUUCUAUCAGAACAAGUAAAAUGUGUUAUUAGAUUAGUGGUUAAUGAGACAAAAGUAGUAUAUAAAAUUUCAGGAGAAAUAAAAUCAGCAGAUAUAACACCAGUUGUGACACCCAGGGAACGACAUGAAAAAAUACAACAGUGGUCGGUUCUUUAUACGCGCCUCGCAGAGGCUACGAGAAUUUUUAAUAGAAUUUUUGGAUUUCAAAUUACAGUUAUGUUGACGACAGCGAUUUCUUAUAUUAGCAUAUAUAUAUACUCAAUGGUAUUUAUGAGUGUCGAUGGCUAUAUUAAAACAGACAUAUUUAUGAAAAUCGGUACUAAACUUAUAUAUUACAACAUUGAAAUAUUUUUCCUGUCAAUAGCAGCACAGGGACUGCAUAAUGAUGUGACGGAUUUAAAACGAAGCCUGGCAAUGCUAUUGACAUAUUCACUUCAAGAUUAUGAAGUUUACCGGGCUACGAAAGACCUACUGAGACUUGUUUCCAAUCGUCAAUUACAAAUUCAAGCAUUCGGGUCAAUCACGGUUGACAUGAGUUUACCGCCUACCUGCAUUAUUCUAUUCACCACAUAUACAGUUAUUGCAUUACAAUUUAACAACGUGUUGUAA